CACUGGCUGGUCCCCUUCCGCUCCUCUGCUGGCCCCAGGGGACCGACAUGGCCCAGGAGCGUUGCACCCCCGCCCUGGAGCUCGAGCACCUCCAGCGGCUGCUGCUUUCCUGCCGGGAGGCCAAGAAGUCCGCCUACUGCCCCUACAGUCGCUUCCCCGUAGGGGCCGCCCUCCUCACCAGGGACGGCAGGAUCUUCUCUGGGUGCAACAUAGAAAAUGCCUGUUACCCGCUGGGCGUCUGUGCCGAACGAACCGCCAUCCAGAAGGCCAUCUCAGAAGGGUACAAAGAGUUCAGGGCAAUUGCUAUCGCCAGUGACCUGCAAGAUGAUUUUAUCUCACCAUGUGGGGCCUGCAGGCAAGUCAUGAGAGAGUUUGGCACCAACUGGGCUGUCUACAUGACCAAGCCAGAUGGCACUUAUGUUGUCAGGACAGUCCAGGAGCUGCUGCCUUCCUCCUUUGGGCCCGAGGACCUGCAGAAAAUCCAGUGAAGAAUGGAGAGCACCACCGCCUGGGAGACCCUGGGUUCCCACACGUGCCUAAAGGGACAGCCACCCAGAGAACUUCACAAAGACAUUUUCACAGACCCAAGGACAUCUGCCAAAUGGGCCCCAACCCCGCAGGCACUGGGCAGAGAUGAUUUUCCCAAAUUCCACACAAGCACUGGGGUUUCUACUGGAGUGAGAAAGGGUUUCACUCCAGCCUGGACCAGAGCCCCUCCUUGUAAUUUGCUUUGUCCUCCCCGGGACGCAGAGCACCCUGUCCCUGUCUUUCCCUCCUGUGGGCCCUCUUUAAAAUUCCAGCCAAGACUGUGCUGCUUCCCUGUCAGCCUUCCCAAAGUUCUAUCCCACUCUGAGCGACUUUUCUAAUUAUAACAGAACAUCCUGA